GGGCCGCGGUUUCUCCGUGUGCGCGCGUGUGCGUCUCGCCUAGCCGCCGUCCCCGUCCGUCGGUUCGUAUAUGGUCAGCCCGCGCGCGCAGAAGCGGGCAGUCGCACGAGGGCAAUCGCCGAAUCCCCGCGGGAUGCGCCGCUCCGACUGACAACGGGAGUGUCCCUCUUCCAUGCUGCCUCCUCCCGCGAGGGAACGCCGCGCCGUUACGUAGCCGUAGUACUCGCGACGCGAGCAACGAGGCUGCCGCGCGCUGGUAUUGGUGUCAGGAACAUGGCUAUAUUUAGCGUAUGACGGCUGGCCGCGUCGCUCGGGGACACGAAACCGACUUGAUAUAGCUCGCUCGCGGCGUCGCGUCGCGCCCGCUUGUGUGUUUACGUGCUGCCCUGCUGGUCCCGGGGUUUCCGCGACGAUAGGCGCCCAGGAUGGAGGAUAUAUUCCAGUGGUGCCGCGAGGGCAACGCGAUGCAGGUCCGCGUCUGGCUGGACGACACGGAGCACGACAUGAAUCAGGGGGACGAUCAUGGAUUCAGUCCGCUUCACUGGUGCUGCAAGGAGGGCCACUCGAAGCUGGCGGAGUUGCUGGUCAGCAGAGGAGCGCGCGUUAACGCCACCAACAGGGGGGACGACACGCCGUUGCAUCUGGCCUCGGCGCACGGACACAAGGACAUCGUGCAGCUGCUGCUGAGAAACCGCGCCGACGUGAACGUGACCAACGAACACGGGAACACCGCCCUGCACUACGCCUGCUUCUGGGGCGAUCAGGCGGUCGCGGAGGAACUGGUCGCGGCCGGCGCUCUCGUGUCCAUCGCCAACAAGGACGGCGACACGCCUCUCGACAAGGCCAGAGGCCUCGUGGCCAAGAGAUUGCACGACUUGGCGGUGGAGUACGGGCAGGACCUGAAGAAGAUACAGUUCAAGGAUCAGAGCUGGUUGGGACUGAAGACCAGGAGCCGGGACGCGACUCUCUCGAGGCACAAGGGGAUCAGUAUGGCGGACCUGUCCCUUCACAUGCACCUCGCGAGCACGCCGAGCGGCGAGACCUGGCGCGGCCGAUGGCAGAACAACGACAUCGUCGCCAAGAUACUGAACGUCCGCGAUUGCACCGCGCGCAUUUCCCGGGACUUCAACGAGGAGUUCCCGAAGCUGAGAAUCUUCUCGCACCCGAACGUCCUGCCGGUCCUCGGCUGCGUCAACCAGCCGCCCCAGCUGGCGACCGUCUCCCAGUACAUGGGGCGCGGCAGCUUGCAUCGACUGCUGCACGGCGGCACGGGCGUCGUCGUGGACACGGCGCGUGCCCUCCGACUGGCCCUCGACGUCGCCAGAGCUAUGACAUUCCUUCACAGCUUGGAUCGGCAGAACAGAUGCAGAUUCCACCUCAACAGUAAGCACAUAAUGAUCGACGAGGAUCUAACAGCUCGCGUGAACAUGGCGGACGCCAAGUUCUCCUUCCAGGAAGUCGGGCGAAUUUACGAGCCGGCGUGGAUGUCGCCGGAGGCCCUGAGCAAGCGCCCGGCGGACAUCAAUCACGAGGCCAGCGACAUGUGGAGCUUCGCCGUUCUUCUGUGGGAGCUGGCGACCAGGGAAGUGCCGUUCGCGGAUCUGUCGCCUAUGGAGUGCGGCAUGAAGAUCGCGCUGGAAGAUUUACGCGUGAGCAUUCCGCCGGGCAUUUCCCCGCAUCUCGCGAAGCUCAUUCGAAUUUGCAUGAACGAGGAUCCCGGCAAGCGACCGUCCUUCGACAUGGUUGUGCCGAUCCUCGACAAGAUGAAACGCUGAAAUGCGACACGGCAAGAAGAAACGACGAGAUACAUCGGGAUUGAAUAGUGCCUAAAGAAUCUCCAUAUUUAUUAAACUGCCCGAAGAAUUAUUAACGAUAGAAUAUUUUUCUACCACUGUGUUUCGCAAGUGGACGAAUACUGCCUUUGAACGUCUAAACCAAGCUGCAAACGGACUAAUUUUUAUCUAUUUAUAUAUUUUUGUCUAUGUUAAUGUGAACUCGUCGACGUAGAAGCGCGUGUUUACAUUUGUAAUCCGCGAGACGAGUUUUUAAAUAGCGUACCUCGAAUUUUGUCCACUUGGCGAUGUCUGACGAGCUCGCCGGGACUUUUAAUAUACAGAGGGUAGAGUAAUGUUAUUUACACGCAUUAGAGAGCGCAUAUUUUUUAUAAAAUGUUCGGCGGCCCAUAUCUUCUGCCUGUGCGUCGCCAGAUAUAUUGUGAAUAAUAUAUGUGUAUAGUAAUUAAAAUCAGGAUGAUUAAUGAAACUAUACAAAUGUAGAACAGUAGUAUCGGACUCGUUUACAUUCGAAACGAGCGUAUAUCUUUAAUACAUAUAUUUAGGUAAUAAUCAUCUUGCAUGCGAACUUUCAUACACGUGUACGAACGAAUGUAGACAUAUGGACAGUUUUAUCGACAAAUAUAUAAAAGUAUAUUCGCUGUUA